AAUUUGGGGUAACAAAAUGAAGAAAUUGAUCUGAACCGAAAAAAUGGGUUCUUUAGAAUACGAAUUUAGUAAUGAUUAUCUGAAACUGAAGCCGAAGGAAGCAACUCUGCUGGAUCUGUUCAUCUUCUUACUUCCUUUCGGUUCCAUAAAGCUGAGGAAGUUGGUGGAUUGCCCUCCCGAAAAAGAAGAGUCUUACACAAGCUUUACAAACCGAUGGGUUAUUUUCUUCUCCAUUUUGUCGCAGAAAUCCCUUUUCGCCCUCGCCAAUCUGCUCGAAAAGUGGGAGUCCAGUACAGAAAAGCUCAGGACGGCGCCUCAAACUUACGCAUCGGAAGUGAACUGUAGAGAUUGGAAAAUAGGUAAGGAGGAGAACAUAAAAUUACUCAACGACGACGACACUUUCGUAUAUUAUGGUGCCGUUACAGUCAUGGCUUCAAAUUUGGUGUACCAAGACUGUUCACCGCCUGAAUCAUCUGUGGUUGCCACCGUCGUCAAUUCCUGCUGGAAGAUGAAACUACUUGGAUGCUACGAUUUUGAGAAUAUGUUUGAGAGCAAGGCUAGAACUCAAGCGACUAUGUUUCAGAAUACCGCCACAGACCCAAAUGUUACAGUGGUGGCAUUUAAAGGAACAAAUACCAUAUAUGAUGCCAUAUUAGAUUUGAACUUCUCGUGGUACAAUGUUGAUCAACGCAUUGGCAACAUCCACAGCGGCUUCAUGGAAGCUCUCGGCCUCCAAAAGGGCACCAUUGGUUGGCCUAAGGAACUCCCAAAAUCUGACCACCAAUUUGCAUAUUAUUACCUUCGCCAACAACUUAGAGACAUUGCCAAAUCCAACGACAAGGCAAAGUUCAUCUUCACUGGCCACAGCUUGGGCGGAGCCCUCGCAAUCCUGUUUGUCACCAUCCUCUCAUACCACAACGAGUCCGAUGUGCUGAACAAGCUGCAGGCUGUUUACACCUUCGGCCAGCCCAGAGUUGGCAACAGCCAGUUUGUUAAGUUCAUGGAAAGCACUUCAAAACAAUAUGCCUUCAAAUAUUAUCGAUAUGUUUAUUCUAUGGACUUGGUGCCCAGAAUUCCUUUCGAUAUCUUUGAUGAAUGGUACAAACACUUUGGCGGAUGCGUUUACUUCAACUGCUGCUACAGUGGGCAGUUUAUGGAGGUGCAGCCAAACAAGAACUACUUCUCGCCAUUAUGGCUGAUACCCAAAUACUUGUUCGCUUUGUGGGAGCUUAUAAGAAGUUUAAUGAUGCCACUCAUCAAGUUCUCUCUUUAUUACUUCGAGGGUUUUAAAACUUUAUUGUUAAGGUUUUUUGGGUUGCUCAUUCCAGGAGCAUCAGCUCACUUGUGUGUGAAUUAUAUUUAUUUGGCCCGUCAAGGAAAAAUGCCACCACUCAAAGACAUUCAAAAGACCCUAAUUUCUGAAGACGGUCUCGAAGCUCAACAGUACUUGAAUGUGGAGAAGAUGAAGAUCUCAAAUAUAUAAUAAUAUAGGUUUCUUGAAGUCACGGAAAUCUGACCUACGAGCCAGCUUUAAAGACUUACUUAAUUGAUAAUAAAGUUUCACUCUAAUAUGCUUUAAGAUUCCUACUUUUUAAUCUAAUUGAAGUAUUGUUUUAAUACAAGCUUCUUUAGAGACCUUGCUUU